AUGUAUGUGCCUCACACUUUCAUAGAAUGUAAGUAUGGGCCGGAACUGGUUGUUACAUGUACGUUUCGUUCUUCACCCGUUGCAGGCAGUAACAGAGUGUUCAACACCCCACUGUCAGAGCAAGGGAUUGUGGGGUUUGGAAUCGGUCUGGCCACUCAGGGCUCCACUGCCAUAGCUGAGAUUCAGUUUGCCGACUACAUUCACCCAGCCUUCGAUCAGGUGGUAAAUGAGGCGGCCAAGUACCGCUACCGUUCAGCCAGCCACUACCACUGUGGUCCGCUGACGGUCCGGGCCCCGUACGGUGCGGUGGGCCACGGUGGCCACUACCACUCCCAGAGUGUGGAGGGAUUCUACGCCCACGUCCCCGGGAUCAAGGUGGUGAUUCCUCGUGGACCGAGUCAGGCCAAGGGUCUCCUCCUGGCCUCCAUACGGGACCAAAACCCAGUCUUCUUCUUUGAGCCCAAGUGGCUCUACCAGGCAGCCGGUGAGAGACACACACAACUUGCAUCUUUAUGUACAUGCAUGCAGUAUAGAGAUAUUGCAGCAGGUAGUGAUGUGACGGUGCUGGGCUAUGGGUCCCAGAUACAGAUCCUGAGACAGGCAUGUGAGAUGGCUCAGUCAGAGUUGGGAGUCUCCUGUGAGCUCAUCGACCUCCGCACCAUCCUACCCUGGGAUGAGGACACCGUCAUUCAGUCUGUGUGUAAGACUGGGAGACUGGUAGUAUCUCAUGAGGCUCCACUAACUGCUGGCUUCGGAGCCGAGCUAGCGGCCACUGUUCAGGCGGAGUGUUUCAACCACCUGGAGGCCCCCAUUCAGAGAGUGUGUGGCUGGGACACUCCGUUCCCGCUCAUCUUUGAGCCUUUCUACAUACCCAACAAAGUCAGGUGUUUCGACGCCAUCAGAACUGUUGUGGACUAUUGAUGUCUGUUGCUGUUUAAAACAUACAUAAAAUGAGUUUUUGCCACUUGCAGCAAA